AUGUACCUUGUCGCAUUUAGGCUCUCAAUAUGGCUUUUAAUACUAUACUUUUCCGGAAUAUCGGCUAUAAUCGUAAAUAAUAGCUCAAUAUGUACUGAUUCACGCGCUGAAGGCUCACUAAAGCUCAAAAUAGCAAAGGGUACGCAAAGAGGAGGAAGGAAUGAGCGAAUUUGUGGAUACAUUAGCCCUUCAGUAACGAAUCGUAGCUUUUGCAAUGGAGAUUUAGUGGCAGGAGGAGAAUAUCGCACGGUAAAUACCGAAAAAUCGCAUUUUAAUGGAGGACUGGACAGCCGCGAUCCAAGCGUCGCCUUUUGCGCGAACUUUGAAACUAACAGGAGGAAUUUGGCAUGUUCACUCUUCUUUGGUACCCAGACUAGCAUCUACACGGACGCUCUCUGGGAACAUGAACUUGAAACCGAUAAAAAAUAUGAGAAGAAAAGGAAAAAGACUACGAAAACAGAAGCAUCUGAGAGUUUGGAACCUCCGCAAGAUCAAACGUCUACUUCCGAUGUGGAAUCCAAAUUGCCUUUGGCUCCUCCUUACGAGGAUGAGCCCUUAGAAACUAUAAAAGAGACUACAGAUCUUACAAAACCUCCGAGUUUCAAGAAUGAGUGGACCCUAAAGAGGAUUGCGCAUGGUAGGGAUUUUUGGCACAGAUUCUGUGAGAAUCCAAGUGAACACGGACAACGUGCACAUCGCUGGAUAAAGUUUACUCACGAUAGAUUUUUCUGUAAUAGAAUUUUGAAACGCACAUACACGGAGGUUCAUCCACUAAAAACCGGAAAACUGAGCAAAAAGGACCAAAGGAGACAAAAGAGUAGAAUUAGGAUCACCAGGGAAAUCAUAGGAUACGACAAUUCAAGUGAGACUAGCAACCUCGUGAUAUUGUUAAACUAUCCGCAGGAGAGACUUGUGAAACUGGUGGAAGUUAUGCGUCUUCCUGGAAUCCUGGAUUUAAGGAAUUACGAAAUGCUGGGUCUCUUGAGGUUCUCUUUGAUCUACUUAUCCAAGCUGAAGGGGUUCCGUAGUUUGGUAGAGUUUUUGCUCUCAUUUGGAAGGUUAAAUAUCUGCGAUGCUGCUGACUGUGAAAAGGUACCGGUGGCUGAAUCCACAGAUGAACCUCAGGAAGCCAAUGGCAAACGCAAAUACGGUCCAAUAAAGACAAUAUUCCGCGAAGGAAAUCGUGUAAUGAGGCCACUCAUAUUUGCAAAAAUAGGACGUUUUAGAAAGGACCCAUUUCCUGAGCAUUUGCUUAUUCCAAGAAGGGCAAAGGAAAAGCCAAUAAGGGAACCUUUUCCAAUAAACGAACAUGUUUGCUCUUUGAACAAAUUUCUAGACAAGUGUCAGGAAUUUAUGCGUAAGAAAUUGGAAACUGCAACUUAUAAUUACGAUGAGACGAUGGAUAGAACGUUUUCAGAUAUAUUUACGGAUGCUCCAGAAUAUACAACGUAUCAAAGUGUCAACAAAAUUGACUACCCAACCACCUUUGAAUUUUUGGACAAUCUAAAGGAGCUUUUCAUUCCAGAAGAAAGUAAUGAUAAUUCUAAAGCUGAACACUCAGAGACGGAUAAUGGAAACAUCCAUUCAUCAUAUAAAUGGACAGCUCAAGACAUAAAAUACAUGCUCACACGUAUAAAGGGAUUUGGUCUAACAUCUUUAGAAACUAUUAUAAAACGAUUUAGAGCGCUACAUAACGAGAUUGGAUUCACGUAUGACGAGAUAAUAAGGAUAGGAAAGAAAAGCCCAAUGGUAUUUGCUACUGGAAAUUACAAGCAUCGCUGUCUGCAAAUUUAUGAUCUCGACGAGGCAUUUACUCAUGAGAUGGUACUUCAAAUUGUUCGUAGCAAUCCUGUUUUGCUUGGUGUAAACAUUUCAAGGAGUAUACGUCCAAAGGUAUUUUAUCUAACCAGAAGUCUCUGCCAACCAGUUUCCAUGCUUUUGGACUUUCCAAAAUUUCUUUCAUAUUCUCUAUAUGACAGAAUCAUACCAAGACACAUUGCUCUAAUGAAUAAAUACUACAAUGGCGAAUUCCUGAAGGUCUAUAACUAUUUAUUUGAAUCUGGCUAUUAUCAUGCAUAUGGACAAAUGGUAACUGACGAAAAGGUUCCGAAUAUACUUCCUGAAGGACAUGCUGAACAUCUGGGGGCUUACAAAACCCUCAUUAAUCAGGUUCCAAUAAAGAAGAUGGUAACAUUGAGUGACCCCCUCUUUUGUGAGGAAUUUGGAAUAACAUAUAGGGGCCUUGUAGAAGGUAAAGUUCAAGCAAUGAAGAUUAGACUACCUUGUGAUAUGUUCUGA